UGCUUGUUGUCUCCUCCCAGACACACAGUUUGUUGCAAUUCUGUAGAGUAAGUGCCAAGACCGCGUCACCUUCUGCCCGCUCACCUUUAGCUGUUACUGCCGGCAGCUUUCCCCCCUCACAGCAGACCUACACAGUAUUCUUUGACAGACUUCUUCAAAAUGGCGACUGAUGUGGCUUUUGAUACAUCUAUGGGCUCUUUCACAGUUGAGCUUUACAACGACCACGCGCCCAAGACGUGCAAGAACUUUGCGACUCUUGCUCAGCGAGGGUACUACAACAACGUCAUCUUCCACCGUAUCAUCCCGAAUUUCAUGGUCCAGACAGGUGAUCCCACCGGGACGGGCAGAGGAGGAUCAUCGAUCUACGGCGAGAAAUUCGAAGACGAGAUUCGCACGGAUUUGAAGCACACCGGGGCGGGGAUAUUGAGCAUGGCGAACAGCGGGCCGAACACCAACGGGAGCCAGUUCUUCGUCACCCUGGCACCUACGCCGUGGCUGGAUGGGAAGCACACGAUUUUCGGUAGAGUUAAGAGCGGGAUGCGAGUGAUCCAACGCAUGGGACUGGUCAAGACCAACGGGGAGGACCGACCGAUAGAGGAGGUCAAAAUAAUCCGAGCCAGAAUCGUUGAGAACACUGAAGAGUGAAGUCUGACACCUGAAACGGUACUCCCCUUCAAAGCUACAGUCCCGGUUUCUGAAGACAGACGGCAUGGGUUCAAUAAAAAUGAGCCAGAUGUCUCAGGAAGCAGGAGAAUACCCAGACAUUAUCGACCUGAUAAGUCUUGCCUGGACU